CUUAUUGGUUGGACGCGAAUGUCAAUAAAAAUGGCUGCAGUAGAGUAGUGGUUACAGCACUACUGGGAAGGCAUGUAGAUAAAAUUAGGUUAAAUUUUCUUUAUCUUGGCACCGCACACGAUUACAAGAGACAUGAAUUUAGGAACCACCAAUCCAUACAAUAAUGGGCUCCUGUAUGCGGGUUUCAAUCAGGACCAAGGAUGCUUUGCAUGCGGAAUGGAGAAUGGUUUUCGAGUGUAUAACUGUGAUCCACUAAAAGAAAAAGAACGACAAGAUUUUUCUGAAGGUGGUCUUGGUUAUGUUGAAAUGCUGUUCCGGUGCAAUUAUUUGGCGCUUGUCGGAGGUGGACCCCGGCCGCUCUACCCUCCGAACAGAGUGAUGAUAUGGGAUGAUUUGAAGAAGUCACCUGUCAUUGCGAUGGAAUUCAAUGCACCUGUCCGAGGAGUACGUCUCAGGAGAGAUAGAAUUGUCGUUAUACUGGAAGGUGUAAUCAAAGUCUACACAUUCACAGCAAAUCCACAACAGCUACACGUGUUUGAAACUAAUCCAAAUCCUAAGGGUCUCUGUGUGCUUUGUCCCAAUAGCAAUAACUCUCUACUUGCCUUUCCUGGUCGGCAUUCAGGACAGGUCCAGUUAGUUGAUUUGGCGAACACUGAGAGAGCUCCACUGGACAUAGCAGCCCAUGAAGCACCUCUCAGUUGUAUUGCUCUCAAUCUCCAGGGCACACGUCUUGCCACAGCAUCUGAGAAGGGAACAUUAAUCCGUGUCUUCGAUACAUCUACUGGGUUGAUGAUAAAUGAACUUCGUAGAGGGGCACACACUGCUAACAUUUACUGUAUAAACUUCAACCAUGAUUCCACAUGUCUUUGUGUGGCAAGUGAUCAUGGGACAGUACAUAUAUUUGCAGUUGAAGAUCAGAAACUGAAUAAGCAGUCCAGCUUGGCGUCUGCUACAUUUUUACCAAAGUACUUCAGUUCAAGCUGGAGUUUCUGCAAAUUCCAAGUUCCAGGUGGUCCUCAAUGUAUGUGUGCAUUUGGUUCAGACAACAACUCAGUCAUAGUUGUGUGUGCAGAUGGCAGUUACUACAAGUUCCUGUUCAACAACAAGGGUGAAUGCUCUAGAGAUGUAUAUGCACAAUAUUUAGAAAUGACAGAUGAUAAAUUGUAACAUAAGUACCAUGAGCACUUCAUCAAUAUUGUGAAAAGUCAGGUGCAUUCAGACUGUGAUUGUGAAUGAGCUCAUCAGUUGUGAGUAAUAUUUCUAUGUGAUAAUGUGGCUACUUCAGCAAUCAGGUGCACUGAAUAGUUAUGUAGGUUUCCCAGUCUCUCUCUCUUUCACCUGAUGGACAAGCAAGCAUUUAUGUUCUUUAGUUCCCAAUUAUCAGAGUGUGUGUGGUUUUUAAGUGGUAUUAUUUUAUAGCCUGGAAGAAAACUGCAUUCCAUUGUGCUGCAGCUGUAGUUCUUGUGUUUGAGAGCUUGUACUGAAUGCAUUUAUGUAAAAUAUGUCAUUAGACUAUCAGUGUCUUCAUGCACAUCACCUCCAUGUACUUUUUCAAAAAAUAUUUUGAGGUUCAGACUCUCACAAUAAAUUGAUGUUGAGAGUUUACGGCAGGGAAGAAGUGACUGAAAAAGUUGAGAAUAUCAGUGAAACAUAGAGAACUGAUAUCAUUGGAAAAGUGUACAAAUGAGAACAGAAAGUGUUUAGUGUUAUUGAUGAUGGUAAUAGAGCUGUGUGAUGUGGUGGUAAGAGAUCUUCACAUAAAGAUUCAACUAUUAUCUGUGCCUUUUUCUUCUGCUCAGUAAAGCAAUUUUCAGCAGAAACAUUUGGGGGGGGGGGGGGGGGGGU